AUGUCAAACAUAGUUUUCCUUGUGGAAGGGCAGCAGGGAGCUAGGAGAGAAAAGAGCAAUACAUCCCAUCUCCGUAUUCCCGAGCUCAGGAGCCCUUCAGAGCAAGGCUCUGUUUGUUUUGCUCUUCAGCCCCAUCUCCUUUCGCAAGACCUGACCGCGCGCCUGCAGACGGGGCGGAGGAAGCCUUUGCCCUGGGAAGUAGGUCCUGCACCUCCUCUUCCCAGUCACUCCCUUCUGCGCGGAAAGGAGAGUGCCGCCCCCCUUCACUUGCAGGCCAGGUGCAUUUCCCCCAGACAGACAGCCAGCCCGAUGACGGAAUGGAGGACGGGGAGAAGCUGCGAUGUCAGUUGUGCAGAGCCUGGGCCCAGCUUUCCCUUCCCUUCACCCGUCACAGGGUUGAGAGUUCUCGUGCUCCUGUCCCGAGUGUCCCCUUGUGCAUCCCGAGGGGGCGGCGUGGAGGUAGCAGACGGUAGGUAG